GGGGCGGACCAGUGAGGCGCCACCUCUAACAGGGUGUGAUGGUGUGUCUUCAUCCACGUUAAGCGGCGACUGGAAGCUCAGAGUUCCAAAAGGCUGUGGGGCAGUUUCACGCUCACGCAUUUAGUUGCUGCUGCUUACAACAUGUUCUGUAGGAGGGUUUGGCAGAGACUCGGCCCGGUGGCCCAGAGGGUCUUUACACCGACAUUUAGAAAAGCUCCAGUGCGGCAUAUGGCCUUGGGGGUUCCUGGUGGCUCGACCAACAUGACAUACUUUGUUCUGUGUGGAGGAGGCAUCACUGCCGCAGUUGUCUAUGCCUACAAGACUGUCAGUGGUGAUAUUGAGCGCUAUGAGGACAGACUCGCCAACAUGGCUUCCACAGCAGAGGCUUCAUCAGCUGAUGAAGUGGAGGCCACAACUGAUGUCACCCCAGUAGAAGAGCCCGCGGUUGCGGAGUCUGUUGCUGCCACUGCAGAGAGCGCCGUUGAGCCUUCUGGUGAAAGCACAGCGCCUGAAGUAGAUGCUGAUGUGGUGUCAGAGGUCAUCUCCACUGACGACGACUCUGCUGCAGAAGAGGCAGCCCCGCCUGUAGCUUUGGAGGAAGUAGUUGAAGAUGCUCUUGCCACGGCUGUGGUGGAGACCCCAACAGAGGCACCUUCAGCUGAGAGUGCGGAGGCUGUGACAGAUCUUCUUACAGCUGUAAAAAUUCUCGCUGGCUCUUCAGUUGAAAUUGCAGCAGCUUCUGUCGCCGAGUCCAGUUUGGUGAGAGCUGUCCGGCAGAUAGAAGAAGAUGGACAAGACUUGUUAGAAGCGGAAACCCUUGCAGUCGCUAAAGAACACUCUGAGGAGAUGGCUGUUGCCAUGAAUGAAGACGAUCUGGUGCCUGCAGAAGUGCUUACUGAGGAAAAGGUGGAUACAGAAGAUAUAGUGGCUGGAGAAGAGAUAGAGGAAGCUUCUUCCCCAGCUGCUGAAAAAGAGGAGGAAGUACCUCCUGAGGAAGCAGUGGAUAACAUGGGAGAGGUUCUUGCUGGUCCUGAAUCUGAUCCCAAGGAGAACAUCGCCCGUGAAGAGGCAACUAUCACUCCUGCAGAUGCAUUGGAUGAAUCUGAAAUGCCUGUGGAAGAGGCUAUUGGUGCUUCUGAAGAAAAAGGUACAUCUCCAGAAGCUGACUGUGGGUCAGAAAUGGAGGUGCUCUCGGUUUCUGAACCAGAGUCUUUUCCAGAGUCCAACUGUCACCACCAUCUUCUGGAACAGGUGACGCCCACCGCUGGUCACCAGUCACAAAUCAGUGAGGAAGGUGAAGAUGAUGACAAGAUGAAAGAAAGCAAGGGGGAAGGGGAAAAUAAGACAAAGGAAAGCAACGAGGAAGGUGAAGAUCAGACGAAUGAAAGCAAGGAGGAAGGUGAAGAUCAGAUGAAUGAAAGCAAGGAGGAAGGUGAAAAUAAGACAAAUGAAAGCAAGGACGAAGGUGAUAAGACAAAUGAAAGCAAGGACAAAGGUGAUAAUAAGACAAAUGAAAAGAAGGAGGAAGGUGAAAAUAAGACAAAUGAAAGCAAGGACGAAGGUGAUAAGACAAAUGAAAACAAGGAGGAAGGUGAUAAUAAGACAAAUGAAAACAAGGAGGAAGGCGAAAGUAAGACAAGUGAAAGCAAUGACGAAGGUGAAGAUAAGACGAAUGAAAGCAAGGAUGAAGGUGAAAAUAAGACAAAUGAAAGCAAGGACGAAGGUGAAGAUAAGACGAAUGAAAGCAAGGCUGAAGGUGAAAAUAAGACAAAUGAAAGCAAGGACGAAGGCGAAGAUAAGAUAAAUGAAAACAAGGAGGAAGUCGAAAGUAAGACAUGUGAAAGCAACGACGAAGGUGAAGAUAAGAUGAAUGAAAGCAAGGAGGAAGGUGAAGAUAAGACAAAUGAAAGCAUGGAGGAAGGUGAAAAUAAGACAAAUGAAAGCAAGAAGGUAGGUGAAGAUAAGACGAAUGAAAGCAAGGAGGAAGGUGAAAAUAAGACAAAUGAAAGCAAAGAGGAAGGUGAAGAUAAGACAAUUGAAAGCAAGGACGAAGGUGAAAACAAGACAAAUGAAAGCAAGGACGAAGGUGAAGAUCAGAUGUGUGAAAGCAGGGAGGAAACAAUCUGUGGAAUCACAAAGUAAGCAAAUGCAUUUGGACAGUCACUUUAUCCUAGUUUGUAUUUUUUACCAUAUUGACAAAACGUUUAUAUGAAAUCAGACAUGUGUUAUGUGUUCUUACCACGUUUUGCAGUACCGACAUUGGCUGUGUCUCAAAUGGAAUACUUCCCGUCAGUACAUUUCAAUAAGUAUACUGUGUACAGUACACUGUGUACUCAUUUUGACAGUGUAAUGCUGGCCCAAAUUUAUUACUGUUAUUGCGCACUUACCAUAAAUGCAGUAUUUACCUUCUUCUCCUCAUUACUUUCCACCACUACAGUUGCUCCUCAGCUGUCAUUAUUUCUAGUUAAUCCCCCCGCUUCCGCGACAUACCCAUUAGCUGUGCCUCAAUUGGCGCACUACCAUACUGAAUAGUCUUUUUAGUGCAUAAGUGUGUUUACACACAGUAUGGCAAAAUGCAGUGCACUGUCAGUACCCGCAAGUUGCACUCAUCACGGCCAAAAUAGUGAGUGUGCAUUGAUGGACAAUUACCACCUUCAAUAGUUGCUUGAAAUAACGGGAGGAACAACCCGUCGCAGUGGAAAAGUAGCGAACAGGAGAAGAUGCAGGUAAAUACUACGAUCGUCAUUUACGGUAAUGGAUUUGGUACUGCACUAAACUGUCAAAAUUUACACACCCAUACACAGUAUACUUAUUGAAGUGUACUGAUGGAAGGAUUCCUUUUGUGAAACAGCCACUGCCUUUUUGGGGAUGCCAUAUCCUGUGAGAGUCACAUGACUCACUAUUAUUUAACAAAAAUAUUUGCUUUUGUAUUGGUUAAAAUGUAAAUGUGAUGUACUUGAAUGUACAUUUGUUGUGGAUGUUAUCAAUAAACUAACCCAUUAGCAUUUCCGUGAUGUAAAUUUGAAAUAUGAAUGUCAUAAAUUAUAAAUGUCAAAG